AUGCUUACCAUCUCCGAAGCAUUACUGAGCUGCUUGCACAUCACCGAUUCAUUUAUCCACCAGAGCAGCCAGGCUAAGCUCUGCCACCCGGAUCAUCUGGGUGCGUGUAUCAGGACCCAGCGCAGACGGGGAGGGAGCGCCCAGAGCAAACCGAGAGAGGCGGGACAGGGAGGGGCAGCCCGGGAUUGCGGCGACCGCAGUGACUACUCAGACCUCAGACAGAGAGCAGAGCCACUUGUCCCAGCCGCGCUCCAGACCAUGGGUUUCCUGGAGACCGCGCUCUGGACAGUGCUCCAUGCGCGCACUCUCCUGCUGGGCGCUGUCGCCUUCCUGUUCUUCGCUCAUUUCUUCAGAAAGCGGCGCCCCAAGAACUGCCCCCCGGGGCCCCCGGGCUUGCCCUUCCUGGGAAACUUAUUCCAGAUGGACUUUAAGCAGCCGCACUUGCAGAUUCAGCAGUUUGUGAAGAAAUAUGGGAAUGUUAUGAGCAUGGAGUUUGGUGACAUAUACUCAGUCCUUAUAACUGGACUUCCCUUGAUCAAAGAGGCCCUUGUUCACCAGGACCAGCAGUUCAUAAACCGCCCUGUGACCCCUAUCCGUGAGCAUGUUUUUAAGACAAAGGGAUUGAUCAUGUCCAAUGGCCAGACAUGGAAGGAGCAAAGAAGGUUUACCCUGACAACGUUAAGGAACUUUGGUUUAGGAAAGAAGAGCUUAGAGGAACGUAUUCAGGAGGAGGCACGCUACUUUGUCCAGUUUAUAAAGGAAGAAAACGGACAACCUUUUGACCCUCACUUCAAGAUCAACAAUGCAGUUUCCAAUAUUAUUUGUUCAGUCAUCUUUGGCGAGCGCUUUGAGUACCAGGAUGAAAAAUUUCAGGAGCUGUUGAAGCUGCUGGAUGAUGCCAUAUGUCUGGAAACUUCUGCCUGGUGCCAGUUCUGUGAUGCAUUUCCAAUAAUAAUUGAUCUCUUGCCUGGACCCCAUCGGACACUCUUCAAAUACUGGGAAAAACUAAUAAUGUUUGUUGCUCAAGUGGUAGAAAACCACAGGAAAGACUGGAAUCCUGCUGAGACAAGAGAUUUUAUUGAUGCUUAUCUCAAGGAAAUGGAAAAGCAUAAAGGUGACACUGCUUCCAGCUUCAAUGACGAAAACCUCAUCUACACCACCCUGGACAUCUUCUUCGCUGGAACUGAGACAACUUCGACAACAUUGCGCUGGGCUCUGCUCUACAUGGCCCUCUACCCAGACAUCCAAGAAAAAGUACAUGCUGAGAUCGACAGAGUGAUUGGCCAGACGCAGCAGCCAAGCAUGGAACUUCGAGAAUCCAUGCCCUACACCCAGGCAGUAAUCCACGAGGUGCAAAGAAUGGGAAACAUUGUCCCCUUAAACGUGCCCAGGGCAGUAACAGCAGAUACCACCCUGGGUGGGCACCACCUGCCCAAGGGGACCAUGGUCUUAACCAACCUGACUGCACUGCACAAAAACCCUGCAGAAUGGGCCACCCCUGACACAUUCAAUCCGGAACAUUUUCUGGAGAACGGACAGUUUAAGAAAAGGGAAGACUUCCUUCCUUUCUCCAUAGGAAAGCGGGCAUGCCCUGGAGAACAGUUGGCUAGGACUGAAUUGUUUAUUUUCUUCACUUCGCUCAUGCAGAAGUUUACUUUCAGGCCCCCAGACAAUGAGCAGCUGAGCCAGAAGUUCAGGAUGGGCCUCACCAUUGCCCCUGUCAAAUACCGAAUCUGUGCUCUCCCCAGGGCUUAG